GCAUCAUCCAAGAUCUUGCUUUUGCUUUGGCAACAAUAUCUUUCUCAUCAACACAGUCGCCGCUACAAUGGAUAGACCAAGAGCAGCACCAGACUCCUCCACCCCGGCUGAAGAGCAGGCCGACAUUCUAGACAUCUUUGUAUAUCACAGAAAGUUCCAUACAGUCAUUUCACAGCUGUUCAGUUUGGUUGAUUGUUACUUCCUAGGGCUACCGUGAAGUCGUCCCCGAAUGGACUGACGACCCCAGAGCUUUUGAAGGAUGGUUUCUCCCCGGUACUGGGGAAUGGUACAUGGCACGCAGCUAUGGGAUUACCGACCCUACGCUGGUCCUUAUAGGGACUAAUAAUAGUGGAGAGAUGGGCUAUAUCAUUACAGCUAAUGGACGGUACUAUUCCGGACAUCUUUUAGUCGACUAUAUCUUCGAGAUAACGGCACCGAAGACAUGGCCGGAUAUCCUGGACGUUAUGAGGGCGAAGGGUAUAAUGGGGCUGAAGAUGAAGGAGCUUAAGCCUGUUGAGCUGCCUGAUGAUGAUGAUCUACCAGCGCCGAGGGUCUGAGAAGGGGAUGGUGUGUUUGUUUCUGUCGGCCAGGACGCUCCUGCUAAAAGCAGACAAGAUGAAUGAGGC